AUGAUAGGUGGGAUAUGUCGAUGUUUUCGGAAGAUAUCUUCAUCAUCGAUGGCUACUGUAACAACAAUGAAGCAGUCAAUCAGUCUUGCUGAGUAUACGCAACGUCGUUCCAAUUUAGUGAACAAAUUACGACAUACAGUAUCAGGAAUCAGAAAUAAACGUGUAGUUGUGGUUAUGCGAUCCGCUAUACGUCAAUUCUAUGCUCCUGAUGUGCCAUAUCCAUUCCAUCAGUGUUCAUAUUUUCGAUACUUUACCGGUUUAAAUCAGCCGGACGCUGUACUCAUUAUAAUAGCUGAAUCAGAGCAGAAAUCGAAAUCAAUUUUAUAUAUAGAAGAACGUUCUGAUAAGCAAGCAUUAUGGGAAGGUCCUGGAUUAAGUGCCACUGAAAUUGCAAAUAUCAGUGGUUUAGAUGAAAUCAAAGAUCGAAAUAAACUAAUUCCUGACUUACAAAAACUAGUAUUAAAUGCUGUUGAUUGCGCUGUUUCAUAUGAUGCUGCAACAAUUCAUGCAGUAAGGGAUGGUCUUCCUGAGGUGCUGUCAGCGUGUAAUACGUUUGUGCCAGUACGUGAACAUAUUGAUGCCUUGCGGUGGAUUAAAUCGUCAGUUGAGCAACAUUUGAUGCGUCAAACUUGUUACAUUGGAGCACAAUCGAUGAAUGCAAUGAUAGCAAGAAGUCGAGGAGUUAGUAAUGAAAAUGAAAUUGUCGGACGAUUAGAGCUAGAGAUGCGACGUCGUGGUGCUGCUGGUCUUGCUUAUCCACCGGUAGUAGCUGCUGGCAAUCGUGCUAAUAUCAUACAUUAUCUGGAUGCAAAUAAGGCUAUCAGUAGUAGUGAUGCAAUGCUUGUCGAUGCUGGUUGUGAUUAUGAAGGUUAUUCAAGCGACAUCACGCGGGUUUUCCCGAUUUCUGGUCAUUUUAGUGUUCCACAAAGAGCUAUCUAUGAUGCACUGAAUGACGUUCAAUCCCGUCUCCUAGAAUAUCUUAGACAAACUGAGUUACUAAGACUGAAUGAUAUAUAUUUAGCAAUGAUCGAAUAUAUUGCGAAAAAUCUUUCUGAAGUAGGAAUGUUUCCGAGUAAUAUGGGAAAGGAGGAACUGUUAUAUGAAGCAGAUAGAAUUUGUCCUCAUCAUGUCAGCCAUUAUCUAGGAAUGGAUGUGCAUGAUACUGCCUCUGUGGCUCGCAAUAUUCCCUUACAGGCAGGAGUUGCAUUCACUGUUGAACCAGGUAUUUACGUGCGACAUGACAAUGAAAAAGUAAGGAGUGAGUUUCGUGGUAUUGGUAUGCGUAUCGAAGAUGAUAUUUUAGUUGAUUCAAAUGGCGCAGUGGAAGUGCUUACCAAGGAUGCUAUUAGGGAUCCGGAAAGCAUUGAGUUACUGAUGAUGACCGGACGUGUUCAGCAAAGUAGUGAUGACUUUUGUGUGUUACAAAAUCUACCUCAGUGA